AUGGGGCAGGAACCCGGCGCUGGCCCAGCCGCCCCCAAGGGGCACGGUGGGCAGAGAUGUCGCAGUGACCAGGACUGCCCGAGAGCAGAGAGGUGCUGCAGCCAUCGGUGCCGCCAGGCGUGCCCAGCACAGGGCAGCGGGAAGCCUGGAUUCUGCCCCGUGCGCAACGGGCUCUACUUCAGCUAUGAGUGCGAAGCUAGAUGCCGAGGGGAUGGCGAGUGCCCCAGGGCCCAGAAGUGCUGCCUGCAUGGCUGUGACCACGAGUGCGUGACCCCUUCGGAAGAGAAGCCCGGCAUCUGCCCCCUGACAGACGGGAUAACAUCCGAGUCCCCCUUGUGCAGGUCCUCAUGCGCAGGGGACAAGGAGUGUGCGGGGGACCAGAAGUGCUGUGACAGUGGGUGUGGCCGGACAUGCCAGGCCCCAGAGAGAGAGAAACCCGGCGUGUGCCCAAAGCAGAAGCCCUGGCAAACACUGGUGCCGUGCAACGAGCAGGAUGCCUGUGCUCAUGACCGGGAUUGCCCCAGGCAGGAGAAGUGCUGUUUCAGCGGCUGUGCCAUGCGCUGUGUCCCCCACUACAAAGAGCAUCCUGGUGCCUGUCCCAGGGCAGAGGCCUGCAGCGACCCGAGACAGCACCGUUCAAACCGGUGCCUGGACGACCACGUGUGCGAGAGACAUGAGAAGUGCUGCGACACGGGGUGCCGCCGGGAGUGUGUGGCAGUGCGCACAGAGAGAGAGGACAAGUCUGGGGAUGGCCCCACUGACUCGUGCGUGGAUGAGUGCAGAGCUGACGAGGAGUGUCCCAGAGGACAAAGGUGCAGAAGCAGUGGCUGUGGCCGUGUCUGCCAGAAAGUCCCCCGAGGUGAGGCUAGACCUAGAGCCUGCGGGGCAACAUGGAGCUUGGGCCUGCACAGGCCAUGGACCGGCGUGCAAAGGGGUACUGCUUGGGCAGACUCACAUGCCAGGGAAAGGAGCCUUGGUAUCACUGUGCAAGGGCAAGGGAGAGUUCCAGGUGCAGUCGCUGCUCACGGGCCGUGCAGGGCUGAUAUGAAGGUCUAG